AUGAGUUUUGGACCUGUGUGUCAACAAUGUAAAGAACCCCUUCAGAUAGACGGCUCACUCAUAGACCUGGCACCGUCAGCGUAUGAUAUGAUUGUCGCUUCUUUGCCUUCUUCCUCGACACCGAUAUCGACAUCCAACAAAGUCCUAGAACAAUCUGACACGGGACAAGGAUCGCCAUCAAAAGCAGCGUGGCACCAUGCUAAAUCAUCUAGUAAAUCCUUCGGGAGUAACCUAUCUUCUCGUGCUCAAGGGAAACAAGCGCAACGUAGUACCCCUCUUCCAAAUGAAUCGUUCGUCCUACUGCAAGACAGCAUUAUUCGGAACAUUCCCUCACCAAUCCCAUCGCCAACACGAACCAGGAGAAGCACAACUAUUAAACCCAAGUCCACCCCUACAAAAACAGUCGCGAGAAACGAACCGCAAUCUCGAACACAGGAACAGGACCAUGCCGAUCCAUCACCCUUAUCGCAUCACCUACGCUCGACCGCUCGUUUAUUCAACCUAUUAUCUACGCGAACUGACAUUGAUCACCCUCUUUGCGCAGAGUGUACCCAAAUCCUUUUGACAAACCUGCAGCGGAAGUUGGAUGAAACAAAGAAGGAGAGAGACGGUUAUAUUGCCUUCGAGAAGGAGGUUCGCAAAGAAAAAGAGAAGGAAGCUCAGACUCCUUUCUCAAAGGAGGAGACCGAACGGAGGAUAGAAAGGCUGAAACAGGAGGAAGCCAUCGCCAUUGAGCAAUUGAAAGAAGCUGAAAGGGAAAGGGAACAAUUGGAUUUUGAAUUGCAACAGCUAGAGACAAGCGAGAAGGCCCUUGAACUUGAAGAAGCUGAAUUUUGGCAAUCAUACAACGACCACACCUUAGGUUUAGAACAUCAAGCUUCACAGCUAGCGGCUUUGCGAGCAGCAUAUGUUUCUGGAGUUGCCACACUGGAGAAACUUGAGAGAACUAAUGUUUACAACGACGCGUUUUGCAUUGGUCAUGACGGAGUAUUUGGAACGAUCAACGGUCUUCGUCUCGGACGAGUUCCUGGGAUACCAGUUGAAUGGGCGGAGAUCAACGCUGCUUGGGGCCAAACACUGCUUCUCCUUUACACCAUUGCCCGCAAGCUUGACUACACCUUCGAAAAUUACCGUUUAGUUCCGAUGGGAUCUUUUUCCAGGAUUGAAAAAACAACAGGGGACAAGGCCAACUAUGAGCUAUACGGAUCUGGGGAUCUGCACUUCGGAAGGCUGCUGCAUAACCGCCGGUUCGAUAUAGCAAUGGUGGCUUUUCUUGACUGUUUGAAGCAUUUGAUGGAUCAUGUUAAGUCGCAGGACUCUACUGUCGACUUCCCUCAUCAGAUAUCAAAGGAUAAGAUAGGCGAUGUUUCUGUUAAGCUCCAGUUUAACCAAGAGGAAGCGUGGACGCGAUCGCUUCGACAUGUUCUCCUGGCCCUUAAAAUCUGCCUUAAAUGGGCAACCAAUGGCGCUAACGGUUGA